AUGUUUGCCAGUUGCGCUGAACCACAUCAGGUGGAUGAAAGGGAAGCUGCCACUGGGGCCCAGCAGGGGUCGGGCAGCGGAUACGGAGCGGCAGAAGGCCAAGAAGGGGAAUCCGAGACGGGUCUCCCGGCAGGCAACGAUGAAGAUGACUCAUAUGACACUGGUAGCAUUAUCCACUGGCGUUGGGACCAGGACGAUUGCACAGCACCCUCAAAAGGAGAGUUGUCCAACCAGGAGCGGAACGCCAUAGUUGUGGGGCCGACUACAGGCGGCAAGUCCGAACUGCUGAGAGCUUUGCACAGGCUUUACAACAACAACCAAGUGCCAGAUUCGCUGCAAGUUGGACGAGGGAAUCUUUCAACUACAGCGAAGGUCACCAAGUACCCGUUGCAGGUAAGUAGCAUCAGCUGCAAAACGGUUCGCAAGAGGGAUUGUGGCAUGAGGCCAGGCCAGAAGGCGUUGUCGGAAAUGAUGAGAAUCUUCAAAGGCGGCAACAGGGAUUCGCGGGACUAUUAUUUGGAUACCUAUAUGGCAGAGGCAGUCUACGGGAAGCAUACUUUUCGGGUCAACUUCCUCGACUGCCCUGGAGACAAGGACAGCAGAGGCUCUGGUGUUGACGAGCAGCAUUUCGAAGAGAUAGCUGGAGAACUUGCCCAGCUUGGACAGAUUUCUUCGAUCGUGUUCGUCAUUGGAAAGGGCAUGGCAUAUGAUUCAUCUUUCAAGACAUCUUUCCUGUACUUGUGGGAUUGGCUCAAGGACCAUCGCCGCAACUUCAUUAUGAUCCAUACAAAAUGGUCCAUGCUAACACUGGAUGUAGACGAGCAGAAAGCCCGCGUGCAUGAGCUCGAAGACAUGGUUGGGGAGGAAGCCAAACAGGUGAAGCACAUCUUCAUUGACUCAAAAUGGGAAGAUGAGGUCGAAGGGAAACGCGACAGCACGGCCCAUCACCAGCAGAAAAAGGCUCUGGCGAUCCAGAGCAUUGAUGCAUUGGUAGCUAACAUCUUGAUGAUGCCCCGUCUGGAUUGCAGCAGCUUGCAGUUCAACAAGACUCCUGCAAUGCUUGAGAUUGAUCGGCAGCUGAAGGCCAGUGGCGAUGCUGCUCUGCAGGCUCGAGAGCACACCCUUCAGCAAGCGAAGAGUAACUCGGACUGGCAC